AUGUUCAUGCUGAGAAAUGAAACAGCCGUGGGGGAAGUAUCUACCGGAUUGAGGACAACCCAUCCAGAAGUCGAGGAAGAAGAGCCUUUGCCAGGCCCAGCAGAGCCAAGUUCUCGUUUCUUCGUUCCCGAGGAACGAGUUGACGGGCCUGAAGCAUGGACACCUGAGCAAAUAUGUCUCUGUAAUGCUAGGUGGGAGAGAUACCUGGAGAAGGUGCAACUGUCAGCUCUUUGGGAAGAGGGCCAUGAGACAGAGCAGGACAGGUAUCGAACGGUCUUGGAGACGCUGAAGAGCGAAGAUUCCCGACUGGAGAAGGAAGGAUCGGAGGUUUCGCUGCAUAGAGAGAAGUGGGCGAUGAUGCAGCGGAAUCGUCGAGUACGAGCCAGUCUUGUACCGCACCUUGACGAGCUGCAGGUCAUUGCCAAUGCCGCUGAUACUGUGCUAACGUAUGAGACACGACUGGCCCAGAUGAAAGCGGAUCAGGAGAAGUGGCUGGACGAUAUUUCUAAGAAUCCCGGACGGCUUUGCAGAUUUAAGAAUGUCCGAAUCGGAGGUUUUGAUGAGGUAGACUCUUGGGAGGUUCGAGUUGCUACUGGGCUUUCGCACUCGAGGUACUACCUGGGCCACAGUGGCGGGGACUACGUCUUUGAGUAUUGCGGCUCAGGAAAUACAAGUGGCGACGAAUACUGCCAGGAAGGCGACGCAUGGGAUCCGGAUGGUCCGAUAUGGAAUCAUCCAGGCUUGCACGGUGCAUUUGGUCUCGAUCAGGGCGGUGCAGAGACUGCCAGCUUUGAAUUCCGGGGCUUGGUGCCACGGACCUGGAGAGAACACUCGGCAAGGUUUGAACUUGUCUGUAAAGAAGUCCUGCAGGUGCUCGCGACAUUCAUUUCCUUUGAACCGGGGGGUGAUGGCCCCCUAUGGGGGGCGCAGUACCAGCAUGUCCCGGCAUUCUCUGAAAUCAACAUUCUGAUACUAACCCAUGUUCGCGAUGCUUGGCGAAUGAGGGUUUCGGUCAAUCACCCGUACCUUUGCUGGGCCCGGUCGAUUUUAAACCACCACCCCCGGAUUUGCGAGUUCGCCUAUUUGGUCGGGCAACUGGACGGAAGACUGAGCCGUGGACUUACCAGACUGGCAAUGGCACCACUUGUCGAGACGGUAGAGUCGGCGACAGAGAUGACUCUUGAAGAACUGCGCGUCAUCUAUCAAGAUAUCCUGGGAAAAGAGGCAUUGAGGCAACUGCACGAAUCGAGAAAUAUUGAACACUGCGUGUUGUAUGACAAUGAAGGCCAACAAAGAGAGGUGAGGUCGCAAUUGAUCCACCCCGAGGACAUCGGGAUUAUCUUAAUCCGAUCACCAUAUCCUUCCUUGCACCGCUAA